AUGCACCUCCUUGCGGUGAGCCUUGGCGCCGUCGUCUCCCGCCUCUACUCACUCUGUGGCUCCGCGUGGGCAUGCCUCGCGCUCGUGGCCGCCGCCGCCACUGCCCUCGGCCUCUGGGCCGUCAGAGUCGCCGGUUCCAAAUUCAUCCACCCUCCCACCCCCACCUCUCCUCCUGUCCCCGAGGUCGGCUCGGCCUGCGUGGUCAACUCGGCGGCCGCGGAGGCGGCGAUCAUCGCCAAGGCCCGGUUCACUGCGUAUUAUUCCGCCGCUGCGGCCGGGAGCUUCCAUAUCGAAGACGACGACGUCGACGAAGAAGAGGAGGACGAGGAUGAAGACGUGAGCAAUGUCGGCCUGCGAGUGAGGGCGCCUCGGGACGGCGGGUGGGGUAUGGACUGGAUUGCCGUAAUGACCAGGGAAGACAUGGGGUGGCACCGUUACCAGGACAUGACGGCGCUUAACGGCAGCGUCGUCAAGUUGUGA